GGCAGACCACGAGGGUCUCACUCAGUACCCCUCGCUGCUCCGCAGCGAGCACAUGAGCCUCGUCCAGCUCUUCUGUCCCAUCGACGUCGCCCACUCGACCGUCGAGGAACUCGGCCACCUCGAGCGCAUCCAGUUCAAGGACCUCAACCCGGACGUCAACCCGUUCCAGCGCACCUACGUAUCCCAGAUCCGCCGCUGCGACGAGGCCGAACGCCGCCUGCGCUUCCUGACGCAGCAGAUUGCCGGCCAGGGCAUCCACAUCCGCCCCUACGAGGAGACGCAGGCCCUCAUCGCCGGUCGCUCGGGCCCGCAAGCCCUCGACGAGCUCGACUCGCGCCUCGCCGAGUCGGAGCAGCGCGUCGCGGCCAUGAACACGUCGUACGACAACCUCGAGAAGCGCGCGCUCGAGCUCGAGGAGGCGCGCCAGGUCCUGCGCGAGACCGAGCGCUUCUUCCAGGAGGCCCAGGGCCGAUCGCGCGACAUCCGCGGCAGCUUUGACGAGCACGGUGACGCCGAUGCGCCGCUCCUCGGCGACGUCGAGGCCAACAUCCAGGCGGGCGAGCAAGGACUCGGCGGCUUCGAGCUCGAGUUCGUCGCGGGCACGAUCGACCGCGCGCGCAUGGGCACCUUUGAGCGCGUCCUGUGGCGCGUCCUGCGCGGCAACCUCUACAUGAACUCGGCCGAGAUCGACGACUCGGUCCUGCCCGUCCCGAGCGCGCAGCGCGCAGGCGACGGCGGCGCCGACGCCGACGACGACAACAAGCGCCUGCGCAAGAACGCCUUUAUCAUCUUUGCGCACGGCCAGGACCUGCUCGACAAGAUCCGCAAGAUUGCCGAGUCGAUGGGCGCGACCCUGUUCUCGAUCGACUCGUCGUCCGACAAGCGCUCGGACAAGCUGCGCGAGGUGACGACCCGCAUCGAGGACCUCGCGUCGGUCCUGUACAACACGAACCAGACGCGGCGCGCCGAGCUCGUCAAGAUUGCCGACUCGAUCUCGGCGUGGUGGGCCCUCGUGCGCAAGGAAAAAGUCGUGUUUGCGACCCUCAACCUGUGGCAGUGGGACCAGGGCCGCAAGACGCUCGUCGCCGAGGGGUGGGUCCCGACGAGGGACAUCCCCGCCGUCCAGGCUGCGCUCCGUCGCGCCUCGGAAAACGCCGGCACGGCCGUGAGCGCCCUCCUGCACGAGCUGCGCACGACCAAGACGCCGCCGACGUUCCACCGCACCAACAAGUUCACCGAGGGCUUCCAGUCCAUCAUUGACGCGUACGGCAUCGGCUCGUACCAGGAGGUCAACCCGGGCCUGUUCACCGUCAUCACGUUCCCGUUCCUCUUUGCCGUCAUGUUCGGCGACAUCGGGCACGGCUGCCUCAUGACUGGGUCGGCGCUCACCCUCAUCCUCCUCGAGAAGAAGUUCACCAAGGGCACCGGCAACGAGAUCUUCGACACGUUCUACUACGGCCGGUACAUCAUUUUCUUGAUGGGCAUCUUUGCGAUCUACACGGGCUUCAUCUACAACGACAUCUUUUCGCUGUCGCUGCACCUCGGCAAGUCGCAGUGGGCGUGGCCCGAGGGCGACGGCGGCGCCGUCGAGGCGGUCCAGACGUCGAGCCGGUACUUCUUUGGCCUCGACCCGGGCUGGCACGGCGCCGACAACGGCCUCAUCUUUACAAACUCGCUCAAGAUGAAGAUGUCGAUCGUCAUGGGCGUCAUCCACAUGUCGUUCGCCAUCUGCCUCCAGGUCCUCAACCACCUGCACUUCAAGCGGCCCGAGCUCAUCUGGGCCGAGUUCCUGCCCCAGAUCCUCUUCAUGGAGUCCAUCUUUGGCUACCUCGUCGUCUGCAUCGUGUACAAGUGGAGCGUGGAUUGGGAGGCGGCGGGAGCGCAGCCGCCCGACUUGCUCAACAUGCUCAUCAAGAUGUUCUUGAGCCCCGGAAAUAUCGAGGAGGGCAAGCAGCUGUACCGCGGCCAGGCGUUCGUCCAGGUCGUCCUCCUCCUCGUCGCCCUCGUGUGCGUCCCGUGGAUGCUGUGUACGCGCCCGUACCUCGAGUACCGCGAGAUGCAGAAGAUCAAGGAGCAAGGGUACCACGGCAUCGGCAACGGCCACGGCCACUCGACGUCGUCGUCGGGCGAGGGCGAGGACGAGACGGACGGCGAGGACGGCGUCGGGGCACACGAGGGGCAUGCGGUCGCCAUGACGGAGGAGGCAGAAGAGGAGGGGCACGACCUCGGCGAGAUCAUCAUCCACCAGGUCAUCCACACGAUCGAGUUCUGCCUCGGGUGCAUCUCGAACACGGCGUCGUACCUGCGCCUGUGGGCCCUCUCGCUCGCGCACGCCCAGCUGUCCGAGGUCCUGUGGAGCAUGACGCUCGCGCGCGCCUUCACGAUGGAGGGCACCCUCGCCGUCCCGUUCACCUUCUUCAUGUUCGCCAUGUGGUUCACCCUCACGAUCGCCAUCCUGUGUGUCAUGGAGGGCCUGUCGGCGUUCCUCCACGCGCUGCGCCUCCACUGGGUCGAGUUCAACAGCAAGUUCUUCAUCGGCGCAGGCACAGCGUUUGCGCCGCUCACCUUUGCUGGGACCAAGGAGAUUCCUGAGGGGGUCCUCUAGACGUCUGCGUCCCUCCUUCCGUAGUUCCCUCACGUCUGCCGUGCAAGUACCGCAUUCUCCCCCAUCGUCCAGCCUCGCCGUCCCGCCGUGAGCGAAUCUCGCGAGGCCCGGCCACGUGGCCUUUGUCUACCCCUGAUCCGUCGCAGCUUUCCCUCUCUCUCUCUGUCCCCGCACUUUGCAAGAGGCUGCACGGCUUCGAGCUCGCUCGUCCUCUCC